ACAACCCAUUUGGCCAUUUCUGAUUUCUCUUCCGUUUUAUGCCACUUUUGUAAUAAACUCACCCAUCUCGAGGGCAUUAAGGUCAACCAAAUUGGUGGAUGGAUAUACCAACUGCACUGCUCCAAUUUCUAGCUUCUCCUCAUCUUAGAGAAGAGCAAAGCAAAAUGGUUUUUAAUAUUUAACUUGCAUCUUUUUUUUCUCUUUUAAAGAAAUUUUAUGUCUUUCAUUGCAUUGCUAGUUGGCAUCAAACAACACCACUCUUUGCAGCAUCUUUGUGAGGAGAAAAUAUUUAGAGGGAGAUUAGUUUUCCCACUUUUUGUGCUUGUUCUGUGUCCUGGUCUGAUAUAUUCUGCUUUUCCAGUGGCUUCUUCUUUCUUUUUUCUUCUUCUUCUUUUUUUUUUUUUUUUUUGUUAAUAUUAUCUUCUUCAGUCGAGUGGUAUCUAAGUGGGUUGUUGCCGGAUUUGAUAGUUAAUUAUUGUUUCGUAUAAAAUCCAGCAAGAUUGGCCCCCUUGGUCUCUGUCCUUGCUCUGUUUCACUUCAACUGAAUCACAUGGAUUUGGUAUGGUUUACUCCAGGUGAUUUUCUGGAGAUGGAUUCUUGAUUUCUCCACAUUUGUUAUUGAUCUGAUCGAAACAGCAACAAAUAGAGUAGAAAAUGGAAUCCGAUCUCCAACAUCACCAUCAUUUCCUUCAUGAUCAUCACCAACACCAGCAACAUCACCAGAAACAAAUGAACUCUGGCUUGAUGAGGUACCAAUCUGCGCCAAGCUCGUUUUUCACCGGUUUCCUAGACAGGGAAUCCUGCGAAGAGUUCCUUAACAAGCCAACGAGCCCUGAAACAGAAAGAAUUUUCGCAAGAUUUCUGGCCAAUUCUGGUGGCGACACAGAGAACAUGUUAAACCAAAACUUUGGAGUAAUUAAGCAAGAAUCUCCAGUGGGAGAAGCAGUGGCACAAGUUAAUCAGCAAGCACAGAUUAAUGAUACAACGUUUCAUCAGCAGGAGCAGCAGCAAAAGAGCAAUUAUUCCUCCUCCGCUUCACAGAGCUUUUAUCAAAACCAAUCAAGACCACCAUUACCAGAUCAGAGUUCAGGUUCUGGUAUGGAUUAUAGGAUGGUGACUUCAAUGGGAAUGGAGCAUUUGCCACAGGUGAAGAGUUCUAAUUCGAAUCUAGUUCGGCACAGUAGCUCCCCUGCAGGGCUUUUCUCCAACAUAAAUAUUGAAAUGGAAAAUGGCUAUGCUGUAUUGAGAGGCAUGGGAGAAUUUGGAGCAGGUAAUAGAGAAACAUCUUAUUCUGCAGCUAGUAGGCCCCCUCCUCCUUCUUCAGGGCGAAUGAGUCCAAUUGCUGAAAUCGGGAACAAAAACAUGGGAGAAAAUAGCCCUGAGAAUAGUGGUUUUGGUGAAACUCGCAGCAACAAUUAUGUCACAGGUUUCCCAAUUAGUUCUUGGGAUGAUACAAGUGUUAUGUCUGCUGGUGCGAAAAGACUAACAGAUGAUGAUAGAACACUUUCUGGGGUAAAUGCAUCUGAAACUCAGGACGUGGAUGCCGGAAAUCAUCCUCCUCUGUUGGCUCAUCAUUUGAGUUUGCCAAAAACCUCAGCUGAACUGUCUGCCAUUGAAAAGUUCCUACAGUUGCAAGAUUCUGUGCCUUGCAAGAUUCGGGCUAAGCGUGGCUGUGCCACUCAUCCAAGGAGCAUUGCUGAGCGGGUGAGAAGAACUCGGAUCAGUGAGCGCAUGAGGAAACUACAAGAUCUUGUACCUAACAUGGAUAAGCAAACAAACACAGCAGACAUGCUGGAUUUGGCUGUUGACUACAUUAAAGACCUCCAAAGACAAGUCAAGACGCUAUCAGAGACUCGUGCCAAGUGUACGUGCACAAGCAAGCAAGAGUCCUAGCAGAAAUCUCCCAAGUACUUGGUUAUAUGUAUAGAUUGUUUAAUAAGAACAUGGAGAUCUAAGCUAACUGUAAGAUCCAAUUGGAAGCUAUUGCUAAAAUAGAAAAGAAUAGUUGUGAAGUUGGUACUGGUACCAUUUGAUUGUAAUGCUGUAACAUGGUACUGGAGUUUAACCAAAUUAAGGUAAAUUUAUCUGGUUUAAGAAGA